UGGAGUAAGUAGCAGGGGAGAGAGCCAGAGAGUACCAAGGCCCCAAGCUUAGUGAGGAAGAAGAACAUAAAAAACCAAGUUUAAGAGAAAGAAAAAGAACAGAUCUGGAUUAGGUCUUGGGUCUAUGAUUUUGAUUUUUGAGUUGUAAGCUGAGAUAGAGACUCUGUUUCAAAGAAGGGUAAGGGAAGUAAUUAAGAUGGUUUUCUUCUGCUUCCUUGUGGAUCAGAAGCGAAAGGUGAGAAACAGCAAGCCCGCCGCGGGGAUCUGCAUGAGGUGCGGCGGCGGUGCCAGUGUUGCAGAUAUGAAGACUUCCACUAGAUUCUGUUACGUUCCCUUCUACUGCAGAUAUUGGAAAGCUAUCAUCUGUACCUUCUGUGGUGCCAUUCUGAAAUCUUACAGAUGAAUUUUAUUAAUUUCUCUUAUCAGUUAUCCUGAUUUUUCCUCUUUUCUUCCCCAUUUUUUUUUUUGGUUCAAUCUAACAUAAAUAUAUAUCAUGUGGAAGAGAUACAAGUUUAGCUGAUUCUAUGUA